AUGGCUGUGCUGCUGCUUUUGCCGGCUGUGUCGAGCAAGGCAUACAGGACCCGGAAGAAUUGGGAAUUGCGUUGUAUUCUCUUUAGGGGCAAAUUAAGAGUGGGAACGACGGAGGCCGAGGCUAAGAGCAGCUCCAGCUCAGGUGUGAGCGACAGCCUCGAUUUAAAGGAGAAGGAAAGGAGGCGGAACCGGAGGCGGUAUGACGAGGAUCGCUGA